GCAUGAGCUCUCUCCAUCUCCAGGAAAGUAAAGUGGUCUUUGCCUGCAAAGAAAUGCACCGGGCUCUCCGGCCAAACCCGGGCCGGCGAAUGCUUGUCGUCAGAACAUUCCUGACAGAAGCCCGUCCCUGAUUCGAGAGCAGUGAUGCAGAGGUACCUUCCCCCCAAUGCUGGAGACAGCCCGCAUCAGCUCGCCCUCAGCCAGCAUCACAUCACUCCACACCAUCCAAGCGAAUACCUGAGCAUGCAGCUCCCCACCACCUUGGCAACGUUCCGGUGCGAUAUGCACACACACAUCAUCCCCGACUCGCUGCCAGACUGGAAAGAAAGAUUUGGCUAUGGCGGGUGGAUAUCGAUGAGCCAGUCGGUCGGAGGCUGCUCUUCGUCGGCCACACGUGGGAAGCUGAUUGAUGCCGAGGCCGGCGAUAGGUCUGGGCUCAGCGAGACAUGCCAACAGCAGCAACAGCAACAACAGCAGCAGCAACAGCAGGGCCCUGAGCGACCGUCAUGGCGGAUGGAGAUUGACGGCAAGCCCUUCAGGGACGUUGGAUGCAAUUGCUGGGACCCGGCGGAGCGACUGCGUGAAAUGCACUCGACCGGCGUGGAUCUGCAAGUCCUGUCGACGAUCCCGGUGAUGUUUAGCUACUGGGCCAAGCCCGAGGACUGCCUCGAGGUUUCGAGAUUCCUGAAUGACCACAUUGCCCAAGUCUGCACCAAGUACCCCGGUCGCUUCGCUGGUCUGGGAACCGUGCCGAUGCAGUCGCCCACGCUCGCUGUGCAAGAACUCCGGCGAUGCAUCAACGAGCUGGGCAUGCGAGGAAUCCAGAUUGGCAGCCACAUCAACGACUGGAACCUAGAUGCGCCGGAGCUGGAGCCAGUGUGGACGGCCUGUGAGGAGCUCGACGCCGCUGUCUUUAUCCAUCCGUGGGACAUGGACAGCAAGGGACGAAUGACCAAGUACUGGUUUCCCUGGCUGAUCGGCAUGCCGUGCGAGACGACUGUUGCGAUCUGCUCGCUCAUCCUCGGCGGGGUGCUCGAGCGCCAUCCCAGGCUGCGGAUCUGUCUUGCACACGGCGGCGGAUCGCUGCCGUAUACCAUCGGCCGGAUAGCCCAUGGAUUCCGAGUGCGGCCCGAUUUGGUGGCCACCAACUGCCAAAGUGACCCGAUGACGUUCCUGGGCCGAUUCUGGUGCGAUUCGCUGGUCCACGACGAAGAAGCCCUGCUGUAUCUGGUCCGCAAGGUCGGGGCCGACAGAGUGAUUCUGGGCAGCGACUACCCGUUUCCGCUCGGCGAGCACGAGCCUGGGAAGCUCGUGGCCGAAUGCAAGGGACUCACGGACGAGCAAAGAAGAAUGAUCCUGGGCGGCAAUGCGCUGGCGUUUCUCGGGCUCUCUCGAAGCGAGGUGUCGAGUCCAUGUAGCGAGGCAGGAUCCGGGCCGUGAUGGGUGGUGCUGCCAAAGACCAAAGUACAUCGAUCGGACUGCUGGCUAUGUGGCUGAGCAGAGGUGUAGUGUCCUCGCAUGAUAGCUCCUCAAGACCAGUGAAGCAGACUCCGGGGACCUGGAGGGGGGAGUGUUGGGAGGAGGUGACAGUCAUUGGGGGGGAUGGAGAUGGUUGAGCAGGCUUUGAAAGAUGACAGUGUGCGGAUCUUUGCGGCACCAAACCAAGACGGCAGUCAAAGCAGACAUGAAUGGGACAUGGAGCACGACAUGGAACAAGACACCCGGGCGGAGCAUGCGGUGGACCCAGGGAGAGCAAGACUGUUGAGGACCGGGGCCGUGAGUCACGGCUCGUCAUGUUGCUGGGUUGUCGGAACGCUCAACGGCGGCGGAGGCGGCGGGGACGAGAGACGGGAGCGAUGCGGAGACGGGCGAGUAGGUGGGGAUGUGCGAUGGGAUGUGCGAU